UAUGAAUACACAGUUGAGCGGAAAAUGAAAUAGCUUCCUCCCUCCCUCCCGAAGUUUAAAGCGAGCAGUGACGACGGAGUUGAGAGUCUGAGAAAAGUGAGAGGUCUCAACAUGAUGCAGCUUUUGCGCGUCUUCUCCUCCUCCUCCUCCAGGAACCAGUUAUCAAAGAGAGCUGCUUCGUCGUUGGAUGCUUUUACACAAAGCACCGGCUUUUCUACUGCCAGGCAGAAUUUUUCUGCUAAAGGAAGAAUUGGUAAUCAGAUAUAUGCUCCUUUUUCUAUCUACAAAGGCAAAGCUGCACUCUCUUUGAGUCCUAUUCUCCCCACAUUCACUAAAUUGGAAACUGGAAGUGUUGUGGUUGAGCGACGUGGUUCUGUGAUGUUAAAGUUCAUGCCUGCAAUUGGUGAGCGCAAAUAUGACUCGGAGAAGAAACAGUUGUUUGCUUUGUCGGCAACAGAGGUUGGGUCUCUCAUCAGCUUGGGUCCCAAAGAUUCUUGUGAAUUGUUUCAUGAUCCUUCAAUGCAAUCAAGUAAUGCUGGUCAAGUGAGGAAGAGCUUAUCAAUCAAGCCUCAUGCAGAUGGCUAUUUUUUUCUUUGAGUAACUGUUGUUAACAACCUACUGAAAACCAGAGAGAGUUUUUCAGUUCCUGUCACAACUGCUGAAUUUGCUGUAAUGAAGGCUGCUUGCAGUUUUGCACUCCCCCACAUCAUUGGUUGGGAUCGGUUGACAAAUAAGGUGCCAAGAGGUGUAGAAGUGCAAAAAUCAGAGAUGGUGGAACCACAACUUCUGGAUGAAUGGGAGAGAUGAAGUCCACCUCUAUCUUGUGUUAAUCAAGCUCAAGGAUGUUGGAUUGUGUGCUUGACGUAUAUAAUGUAUUUUGAGCUGUUGCCAAAAUCUUAUUUUACUUUGUGCAGAAAUUGAUGCUGCUGCUUUGAGUAAAAUUAGCAUCAUUUGCUGGUGCUGCUAUUCGGGA